AUGCCAAAAGACAAGGGCCACACAUCGGCCUCACUUAUUAUCCCUUCGGAGAGCUCAACCACUACUAGCUAUGUUUAUUCCAGACGAGCACUCAUUCAAAAAUUCAGAACCACGGAGAUAUUGCGAGCAGCACAUCACUUUGGGGGUCCGUCCCUGAGACGAUUCGUGCUUCUUGGUAGUGCUGUCUCGGUGCUAAACUCCUUUGAAGAUCUACCUAGACAAGGAAGGCCCUAUACGGAGAAAGAUUGGAAUCCAUUUACUGUCGCACGGAAUGGCACCGUCCCGGGCUAUAACGUCUCCAACACUCGCGCUGAGGCAGCUGCGUGGCAAUUUAUGGAAAAGGCUAAACCAGGAUUUGACUUGACCGGCAUAAAUCCGGAUAUCAUCACCGGGCCCAUGAUUCACCCUAUACAUGGACCAAAGUCCAUCAAUGAAACAAAACAUUUCGCGAUCGCAAGCUUCAAUGAUGGAACUCACAAGCGAAUCGAAGGCGUUACAUUUCUAUUUUACCAUUUCGUCGAUGUCCGUGACGUUGCCCGUAGUCAUGUCGAUGCCCUCAAAAACCCGGCAGCGGCAAACCAGCACGUUCUUCUCAUUGCAGGACUCAUAUCACCACAGCUUGUGGUCAACACCAUUCGGCAAAACUUCCCUUCUCUUAAAGAUAGAGUUCCUGAGGGAAACCCAAGCCAGGUCUUGCCUUCAGAUGUCCACCCGACUGGGUGGGACACACGGAUUAGUCUAGACAUCCUGGCAAAGGGGUCCCGCGAUGGAAGACAGGAAUAUAUCGAAUUGGAGAAAAGUAUUAUCGACGCGGUCAAUAUGAUACUGCCCAUUGGUAUUUUGGGUUAG